UGAAAGCUAUCAGUGUCAACGCCAUGUCCCAGUCUUGGGCAGCCUUACCAAAAAUCAGCACGCUGAGCGUGAUAUCGCAAAACGCUUUCGCUUUGCAGCAGUCCCUGACGUUACCCAUCAGCGUGUGCCCCAUGCCCUUCCAGCUUGAGCCUAUGCGGCCUUCUCGUCCUUUCCGCAUGUCAAAUAAGACACCGCCUGGCGGUCCGUGCUGUUGUGCUGUGAUCGGAACUUCUCGUCGUACACCUGUUCGGAGAUGAACUGGCCUA